CUGUCCAGUGCUCUCAGGUUUCCAAUGUUCCUCCAACUGAUGUCAGUCCACAAUGAAUACCAACUUGAAAAAUCACUAAAUCCCCACAAACCUCCAAAUUAUAGUGGUGUAAAGACAGAAAUUCCUACAUGUACCUUUUGACAGAAUAUAUAUUUUGUUUUUGAAUUGGAAUCCGUAUAUUCUGCUGAGGAAGCUGUGGCAUACAAAGCGAAACGUCCAGAAAAAUCUUUUGAUUUUCUGAACACGGGAUUAUUUUAAAAGUUACCUAUGUAGGACGUGUUUAUUUACAAUUCACCGAUUUAAGGUCAAACUCAUAAUUCAACCACAUGACUGUUUAUUGGACUAUAAUUUGAUUGGUUGAUACUAAUUACAACCAACUAUAAAGGGGUGUGCAAUUGAAAUAACCUUGAGGGAAUAUAAAGUGGAAACCGAAGGGCGUGUUAAUUUUUUAAUCAUGGAUUGUGAAGAUGAAGUAACGCCUCUUGUUAUUAUAGGCGCAGGCCUAGGUCGUACUGGAACCAAUAGUUUAAAAAUAGCUUUGGAAUUGCUUUACAAAAAGCCAUGCUAUCAUUUAAAAGAGAUAUACUUAUAUCGACACUCACAUAUCGCAAAAUGGAUGGAACUUGAUAGAAGACUUAAAGAAUCACCCGAUAAAAAACUAGACAAAGCUUUAUGUCACCAAAUUUUCCGGGGAUAUAUAGCUGCAGUUGAUCACCCUGCAUGUGUAUACUAUAAAGAAUUGCUGGAGUUAUAUCCAAAUGCGAAAGUUAUAUUGACUGUUCGAGAUCCUGAAAUCUGGCUUGCUGGUUGUCGGUCUACAAUACUCCCCAGAGAUAUAGAUCAACCGCGUUCAUGGUCAUUUCAUUUGCUUCGCCAGUGUAUUGGUCUAAGCCAAUUUCAUGAAUUAUUUCUUACAAAUUGGAGGCGCGUAUUCGGCAAAGAUAUGGAUUUCACAAAUGAUACUUCAAUGUUGAGUGGUUUUGUUAAUUGGAAUCAAAAUGUCAUUAAAAAUGUACCAUCAGAACGUCUACUAAAAUUUGAUAUAAGUCAAGGUUGGGAACCAUUGUGUAAAUUUCUUAAUCUGCCUCUACCUGAUUGUCCAUUUCCCCACGUAAAUGAGUAUAAUGAACUGAGACGUUUACUUAAAUUGGAGAAACGUGUUUUAAAAUUUUUACAAUGGAUUUUACCAACAUUAAUAUUUUUCACUUUAGCCUAUGUGUUUUAUAAAUUUGUACUAUAGUAUAGUACAGUUCAAUACAGUAAAACAACGUUUAUCUUUCAGUUGAUUCAAACGUAAUUGUAAGACGUGUUCGUGUGUGUCAUCUUUGUAACAAUAAUGAUACUAAUAAUAGUAAUGAUAAUUCCUUUUUAUUGUAUUUCAUUUUUCUAAGUUUUCUAAGCUAAAACAAUGGUUGAUCUCCUAUUUUGAUUAUUAUGAUCAUAAUUAUAUUAUUAUGAUUAUCAUUUACAUCUCUGCAUCAUUGUGUUUUUAUUGACCGGGAUUUGGUCUUUAGCCUUUGUGUGUGUGUGUGUGUGUGUG